CCAUUCGGUAAUAGUAUGGGUCCAUAAAUAACAAGGAAACCAACAAGCCUGUAGCCAUGGAUUGGAGUGCUAUACUGAGACCGAACACGUGUUUGUAAAAUGACCUGUCUCGCUGACCAAUUUUUCCUCCUGAAUCGAGUGUGUACAAAAAAAACGAUGGCAUGGAAGAGUUCGUCGAGGCCCCAAAGCGCAUGUUUUUUUCUGGCCAAUCCCGUAACCCACGGUAACCCUUGGACUGUUGAGGCCUUUAAAAAGAAGAGCGGAACAGGUAACGACCUACUGGAAGAGGCUGAUCCGGUUUCGUACACUGUCCUGCGGUUCGAAUAUUUUCCUCUUCGAUGGCUUCUUGCAAUUCCGGCCAGGAGAACAGUACUCCAUUAACCGCCGACUUGACUAUUCGUUUACCUCCUGUCCAACAUAGCGGCUCACGAAAUCAUUCGGCUGCUCGCAUGCCUGUAACUGAUGGCAAUACGACCAAAACACAACAACGUCCUUGUCCGGCUAUUGGAGAAGCAGGAGCAAACACGUUGAAUCCGGGAUGGCAUCCAACUGAUACAGGAGGUCGCGUGUGUAAUAAUCCAUCUAAUUACGCUAAUCGGAGAAGAAGCCCUAGCCCGUCGGUUAGAAAGUCGCCUGCCAUCAGCCAUCAUCCAACUAAUCUGACGAUGGGGAUUACUCAUCAGCACCGGCCUAAUAACUUUUCUUCGGCACGAUCUACAUAUCACGCAGGGUGUCAGCAUACCAGCCAAUCAAGGAUCCCCAUCUACCAACUUUCAACUUCUUCUUCGUCGCCUUCAGCCCCACGUUCGUUUGCACUCCAUCAGCAACAACAACCACUAGAACUUCUCAUUCCGGCCGUCCGUGCACCCCAUCGAUAUUCGUAUCACAAUCCAGCGGUGGCUGCGAUGGCAGCAGCUUCAGGCAGAAUGGAUGAUGGACAGUGGAGCAGUAAACAUGUGACCAAUUAUCUGAAAGCCAACAGGGCUUUUCUGGAACAUCAUGUACUCGAACACGUCGACGCAGCCACGCUGGAACGUUGGUAUAUGCGUCGCGUGUGGAGGGAAAAGGCUAUUAAACCGUCAACGAUCGAUAAUCCAACGGAAGAGAUGCUCUGCAAAAAAAUAAGCAUGUCCAAAUGGAAGUUUUGUCUACAUGCCGACAAGCGGCAAAUGUUGGAAACGCUAAUGAAUUCGUUAGCUAAUCAGCCUCAACCUGGCCGCAUACUUUGGGAAUUGGCCUGUUGCGUGGCUUCAUCAGUCGGAGCAGAUGGAUUCGUUCUGCAUCUCGUUCAUCCGCAAACUGGCAUGUUCCGCGUCUUUAGAAGUUGCGAUAUUGAAACGGAUAUUGAUAAUGGAAUCUUCGACACAAAAAUUUAUCCAAACUUUUCUACAAGUUACGAUGACGACAGAGAAACUGCCUCUUCUAGUGACAAUUUUUACGCCAUCCCGAACAAAGACCGCCAUAGUGUCGCCUCUUAUGUAGCGAAACAUCGGCAUACCAUCACUGUGCGUGACAUUCGUCGACCCGAUUCGCGAUUUGAGGACGGCAGUAUCUGUUUUCAAGAAGGAGGAGUUCACAUUUUAGGAGCGCCAGUAGUGCAAAACGACGGUACCCUUACAGGAGUGAUUGAACUCUAUAGGCGACCAGUGGACAAUAAUAAAUCUUCACGGGGCCCUUUCCAACAAGAUGACGAAGAAGUUGUUAGCAGUUUUCUGGUGUGGGGUGGAAUCGCCCUCCACUACGCCGAUAUGUACCACGCUUUGGCCAACCAGCGAAAUUUGCAUCAAUUUCUUCUGACAGUAGUCAAAUCUAUUUUUCAGGACAUGGUUAGCAUGGACACUGUAAUCGCCAAAGUCAUGACGUUUGCCCAAAAAUUAGUGGAUGCCGAUCGGGCUUCUCUUUUCCUAGUGGAUCACAAAUCGGAUGAGCUUUAUGCUCGCAUUUUCGACAUGGGAGAUGGUGUUGGUGACGGCCAGACACCUCCUGCAGCCAAAGAAAUACGUUUUCCGUUAGGCACCGGCAUUGCUGGCCAAGUGGCUGUCACAGGAAAGGUUUUAAACAUACCGGACGCCUAUUUAGAUAGCAGAUUUAAUCGAGCUGUUGACCAGCAAACUGGUUAUCAUACGACUUCGAUUCUUUGCAUGCCCAUCUUUAUACAAGGACAGGUGAUCGGAGUGAUGCAAAUGGUCAACAAGCAUCACGGGACGUUCACAGCGGAAGAUGAAGAAUCAUUUGAGCUUUUUGCGGUUUAUUGCGGAUUGGCCCUGCAUCAUACCAAAUUGUACGACAGGAUCAGAGUGUCGGAGCAAAAGUACCGCGUAACACUCGAAGUGCUGUCGUAUCACAAUUGUUGCACCGAAAGCGAAUUUAGUGCUAUUCAACAACUCAACAAUAGUACGUUUGGAGUUGCUGGGCAGUCAGAUAAUCCCUUUGUGCAGCAGACUGUGACAUCGAAUACCAUCGGCUUGGAUCAAUUUUGGUUCAGCGCCUUCAGCAUUAAUGAUAUGGAAAAAGUUCACAACGCCGUGUACAUGUUUGUUGACUUGUUUGGCUUGGGACAGUUUGAGCAAGACUCACUCAUUCGCUUUAUGUUGACUGUUCGCAAGAAUUACCGCCGUGUCCCCUAUCAUAACUGGACGCAUGGCUUUGCUGUGGCUAAUUCCAUGUAUGUAAUACUCAAACGAGCGCCCAAUACUUUCCAACCACUAGAAGCUGUGGCUCUGUUUGUCAGUGCACUCUGUCAUGAUCUCGACCAUCGUGGAAAGAACAACAAAUUCAUGUUGGACACGGCGUCGCCAUUGGCUGCGAUUUACACAACUUCAACUAUGGAACAUCAUCAUUUCAAUCAAACUGUCAUCAUUCUCCAACAGGACGGAAACAAUAUUCUCGGCAAACUGAAAAGCGAUGAAUUCAAGGAGGUGUUGAGCAAUAUUAAGCACUGCAUCCUCGCGACGGACUUGGCUACUUUCUUUCCCAAUCGAGCCAAAUUAGCGCAAAUUGUUGAGGAAGAUCAGUUCACGUGGGAAAAUAAAGAUCACAGACUUUUAGUUCAAGCCAUAGCCAUGACUGGAUCGGAUUUGUGCGCCUCUUCAAAACCGUGGGACGUCCAAUCUGAAACGGUGAAGGUAAUCUUUGAAGAGUUCUAUGAACAAGGUGAUGAAGAGAAAAAAGCUGGACGCAUUCCAAUACCAAUGAUGGAUCGAACUCAGUUGCAUUUGCAACCAGAUUCACAAGUCGGUUUUAUAUCGGGUAUCUGUAUUCCUUGCUAUAGUUUGCUCUACCGAUUGAUUCCCGAGACGAAACCUUUAUUGGAUGGCUGUCAGAGUAAUAUGGAGCGUUGGAAACAAUUGGAUAAAGACAACAAAGUCGUUGAAUAUGAUCAUGUCAGUGGUGCUGCAAAGCCUAGAGAUGAUGGCACCACGGAAAUUAAGGAUCCCAAACACUUACCCUUGCUAACCCGAGCAAUUUCUCUCCCUAUUCGCUCAUAUAGCGAUCUUGACUCACAUCAGUAAGUCUGUCUCAUGCGUUUGGCAAAUAACGUGACUAACUUAAUGAAAAUAGCUCUUAAUAACCUAGCAAUUU